UUAUGGUCGGCUGCUGGGGCGUCGCUGGCGUUAGUUACGCGCCGUACGGCAGAGAGUGCGCACAAAAUGACCAAGGUGGAGCCGCAAGUCAUAGCCAUAAGCAUCGGCGGCGCCAAGCCCCAAGUGGGCUACCUGCAGACGCAGUCCACAAUGGUCAACUGUCCCGCCUGCGAGCACUUCGAGCAGAGCAUUGUGCAGCGCGAGGCGGUCAGCUGUCUGCAGCGAUUGCUCAGCCUGACCAAGCUAUGCAAGAGCUGGAGUGGACGCGAGGACAUCAAUCAUUACUGUGCCCACUGCGGCUGCUUUAUCGGACGCUACGUGCCCCUAGACUGCUACGAGCGCUGCCUUUCCAAGUCGGCACGUAAGCAGGCCGUUGUGGAUGAGAUGCGACUCAAGACCAAGCCCAAGGAUUGUGCUGUGCGCGCCCAGAAGUCCAGGGAACUAAUCUUGGCCAAGCGCGCGGAGAAGCGUGCCCAGCGAGAGGCGCAACAGCAAAAUCAAUCCGAAACCCAAACUGUGUUGCAAUAAGUUCUAAAUGGGAUGAAUGGUUCUUGUCUUGGCUAAGCAAGCUUUUUUUUGUGGCGACCCAAAAAUCACGAGCUUCUGGGUCGCAAUUGAAAUAUAUUAUUGUUACUAACUCGUAUUUCCAGCACUGCAGCAAAUGUGUGUAAAUAAAUAUAUAGUUAAUGGUGA